AUGGCCACGAUACAAAGCACUGCACAGCCCAACACGCUAGAAACGCCCUACUUACCACACCGUCCUACAACUCCAAGAGUAAUUCGCACCGUUGUCCACGAUGAAGGUCUUCCAGAAGUUGUUCACUCAAAUCAACCCAUAAAUCCCACAGAAUACUACGAUGCUCCGAUACCAGUAGACUCGGAAACAGACAAACGAUACAACGAAGCUCCCAUUCCAGUCACAACACUCGACAAAGAUGAAACUGCACCUCCGCUGCCAGUUCGUCCAGCUUCUAUUACACCGCAGCCUCAGCAACCCUACCUCUACGGCCCAGGCGGCUAUGCUCAGCCACCGCAACUACUGCCUUACAACAGCAAUGAGGUCGUAACGUAUGUGACACCGCUCGACCAGCUUGGAGACCACCCAAAGUUUGUGGAUUGUCCGUUCUGCAGACAUCUUGCAGAGACACGAGUGAAAAAGGUAUCUUCAAAAAUGACACAUGUCUCUGCAACAGUCCUCGGAUUCACAACGAUAGCUGGCGCUGUUGUUCCUUAUGCUGGGAAGUGGCACUCUCACACAGCUCACUACUGCAGCAACUGUGAUCACAAAGUGGCAAUUCGAAAAUGGGGAUCCAGUCAGAUGAAACCUCAAGGGACACCCGAUUAUCUGAGGGAGGUAUCGAGAUAUGGCCCUGCUCACUCACCGAGCAUGUCCAGUAGCUCGACGAGAGGGUAA